CCCAGCUCACGCCUUCAGCCUGCAGCACGCGGCGGUAGUUGGAGGAGACACCGACUCAUCAGAGCCCCGCAGCCCGGCCGCCCUCUGCCCAAAUCCGGCUGCGUUCUGGAGGAUCUGCGCUGCACUUUCCCGGAGAUUUAACACCACUUUUAUUGGGUUGUUUUUUUUAUUUUUUACACCCAUGCACGCGUUUACACAGGUUCAAGAAGACUCAGGUGUGAACACAGGUGUGAGGAAACUUUAGCCGCUUCCAGGUGUAGAAUUAUUUUUGGGGAUUUCUGACGUUUUUGUGAAUUGUUUUGUCUCUUUUGGGAGUUAUGGAGAAACUGGGAAUCUGAGCGACCCAAAAGUCCGCGGAACUGGACUAAACUGGCCGCCGAUUGGUCCACAUCUUCCCCAUCUUCCACCCCGGUGUAGCUCCCGGUGCUUCGGUACAAUGUUCCACCACAGCAACACCAAGAAAUGUUUCACCAUAGAGUCUCUGGUGGGGAAGGAGGCGAGCAGACACGGCGGCAGCUCCGGGGACGAGCCCAUUCGGCCCACGGCGCUCCGGUUCCCGGAGUCCCUGCACCCCACUGCCGUCUUCGGCUCGUGCUUCCAGGGCAGUGGCGGGCGGACUCUGUACUCCGCGGGGCCCGACAUGGUGCUCCAGGAGGCCGGGGCGCACGGGCUGCAGAUGCCGCCGCAGAGCUUCUUCAGCCCGCAGCACCGGGACGCGCUCAGCUUCUACCCCUGGGUGCUGCGGAACCGGUACCUGCACGGACACCGCUUCCAAGGGGAGGACAGCAGCCCAGAGAGCAUGCUGCUUCACGGUCCGUUCUCCAGGAAACCCAAAAGGAUCCGGACGGCGUUCUCGCCCUCUCAGCUGCUCCGUCUGGAGCGAGCCUUUGAGAAAAAUCACUACGUAGUCGGAGCCGAGAGGAAGCAGCUGGCCAGCGGGCUGUGUCUGACCGAGACGCAGGUGAAGGUUUGGUUUCAGAACCGCAGGACGAAGCACAAGCGUCAGAAGUUGGAGGAAGAGUCUCCGGAGGCUCAGCAGAAGAGGAAAGGCAGUCAGCACAUCAACCGCUGGAGAGCAGCCACACAGCAGCCGGGGGGAGGAGGGGAGGAGGUGGACGUCCUCAGUGAUGACUAGACUGCAGCAAACACACACACACACACACACACACACACACACACACACACACACACAGAGAGACACACACAGAGAGAGAGACACACACACACACACACACACACACACACACACACAGAGACACACACACACACACACACACAGAGACACACACACACACACACACACACACACACACACACAGAGACACACACACACACACACACACACACAGAGAGACACACACACACACAGAGAGAGACACACACACACACACAAACCUUACCUAUCCCAGGACUGAAGGAUGUCCCUGAAGGCAUCACGCUCAUGCAAACAGCAGGAAAAUCAAAACUCUCCUGUGAAAGACGACGAGGAUAUAAAAAA